UCAGUCACAACUACAAAGGCAGAACUAAAACACAACCCAUAGUUGUACAUGUAGUGCAGUUGGUUGAUCCCAAGAAUACUAAAGCGAUUAGUAACUGCUGUAGUUGUAGGUCAAGAGUUGCUGUUGUCGCUGCUGCUGUCGCUGAAUUAGGAUUGUACUUGAACUCUUCUGCGGCACUCCGGUGCUCCAGUAAGAUGGGCUUGCUACUGGAGCUGACCGUUUUUGUCUUGUCGUUCCAUGCAGCUUGCUCACAGUUUCCACUACCACAGUUUCGCCUUCCACAAGGAUGCGACCCAGCGCCGACUUCUCCUGUGAAUGGCCGAGUGAGCUGGCAAGCCACAGUGAGCACUGUACGUGCAGCAUUCCGAUGUAACGCCGGCUUUACCCUGGUCGGUAACAGAGAGAGAGUUUGCACUGGAAAUGGCUACUCUGGAAGGAACCCGGUAUGUGUUGGUGGAGGCGGAGGUGGUCCUGGAGUGGAGACACAAAUCCCGUCGUCCUUCAGAGCUUGUGAGGAGCCGGUGGGACCGGCCAAUGGCAGGGCGGACUGGACGGGUGCUGUGGAUUUCAGCACCCUGAGAGCAACCUACACGUGUAAUGUGGGUGCCACGUUGCAGGGACCAGCGGUACGAGUGUGUGAUCAAGGAGUCUGGUCACCCGCAGAAGAGCCAACGUGCCGAACCGAACAAGACCAAAGUCCAGCAUGUUCCACUCCAACUGUACCAAACAAUAUGUAUAUCAGAUAUAGACUUGUUGGCAACCGUCCAGUUUCGGCCACGUAUGAAUGCUACAGGGAAGGUUGUACCUUCAGCGGUGCUUCUGAGCGGACAUGUCGGAAUGGUCGAUGGGUUCCCGAAGAGCCAACUUGCACUUGUGGACCAGAACCACGAACAGACCCGCCACAACCAACUGUACCACCUACAACAGGGUUCACUAUACGUCUACCGCAGGGUACGAGCAUCUAUAGCACUUUCAGUGUACGAGUCGUCCGCUUUAACGCAGCUAGCCAGCAGUGGGAAACUGCAUUUACCCGCGAGGGUUUGAGAUCCUCGGAUUUUCCCUUCCAGGUGCCAGCACUACCAAGUGGCUAUUACACGAUCCAUUUGGAAGGGUACUUUUCCAGCGGUCAAUAUCGAACAAUCUCCACACUCUCCGAGGGAACUGCUCCAUCAGGUCAGUUCAUUCCCGUUUGGAGCCGGCUUCCAAUUGUCACAUUUUCCGGAACAUCGGCAUAUAUUCGCUUCCCGUCAGGUGACAGUGGGGCGCUCUCUCGUUAUCAACAAUGGCAGCUUCAGUACCGAGUCCUUGGAGGUAGCGAGUGGACCACGACAAGGAUGUACUCACUGGGCACCACGACCGCCGUGCUUUCCGGACUGGUUCCGGGACAAGGGUAUGAAGCUAGAGUUCGUGCCAUAGGCCAAGGUGGCCAAAGCCCCUACUCUGCUGUUGCAGGAUUCCAAGUACCCGGCGCGCAGCAGCCCUGUGCCUCAUCACCGUGUCAAAAUGGAGGACGUUGUAGUAACUCUGGUAGUUCCUACGUCUGCACGUGUCUCAGUGGAUAUUCUGGACGCAACUGUGAAUUCCGUGAUACACCGGUGCAGCCACAGCCAACCUCACCACCUAAUCCACAACCAUCCGGCUGUCAGCCCAGCCCCUGUCUGAAUGGUGGUGACUGCUACACGGACGUACUCCUUGUACUGCCCGGCUCCAGUUUCUAUUGCUUCUGUCCUGAAGGCUAUUAUGGAACGCGAUGUGAAAACAGAAGAGGUCAGCCAGCGAAUCCUUGUGCAUCGUCACCUUGUCAAAACAGUGGCCAAUGCCUUGCAUCUGGUGCCGACUAUUCGUGCCGCUGUCGCAGUGGAUAUUCUGGGGAUAAUUGUGAACAACGUGAACCACAACCAUGUGACUCCUCACCAUGCCUGAACAGUGGAAGAUGCCGCAACUCUGGAAACAUUUACGUGUGCUCCUGUGUGAAUGGAUACAGUGGAGUCAAUUGUGCUAUUGCUCCACAGCCCUGUGACUCAUCACCGUGUCAAAAUGGAGGACGCUGUAGUAACUCUGGAAGUUCCUAUGACUGCACAUGCCGAAGUGGAUACACUGGACAAAACUGUGAACGGCGUGUCACUGUGCCCCCACCACCACAAGCUGGUGAUGUCGACAUCACACCAGCCUCUCUGAGCAUACCGGCAGGUGGUUUUGGAACUCUUCGCUGCUCCUACAGUGGAAAUUACAGGGUCAACCGUAUUGAAUGGUCUCGUGCAGAUAGUCAGCCAGUCGGACUUGGAGUCUAUCCCCGAGGGGCGUCCAUUCUCUUCUUCGGUGCGCCAAGAUCAGCGUACACCAAUUACGUAUGUACCGUGUCACACUCCGGUGGUGAAAGCCGUGGACAAGCAACAGUCGCAUCAGAUGCUGUAGUGCAGCCCUGUGACUCGUCCCCUUGCCAGAAUGGAGGAACAUGCAGCAAUUCACUUGGUACUUACUCUUGCAGCUGUACCCCUUCAUAUGAGGGAUUCAACUGUGGACGUCGCGUCAGUAUAGUGCGUGCCUGUGACUCAUCUCCAUGCCGGAAUGGGGCAACAUGCACCAACGUAGGCAGCGGUUAUAGAUGCCGGUGCACCACUCAAUAUAAUGGAGUCAACUGCGAAAACCUCAGUAUAGUGCGUGCCUGUGACUCAUCUCCAUGCCGGAAUGGGGCAACAUGCACCAACGUAGGCAGCGGUUAUAGAUGCCGGUGCACCGCUCAAUAUAAUGGAGUUAACUGCGAAAACCGAUUCGGGUCACAGCCAUCACCGUUGAGCGUGACAGUAAGUCCAGCGUCGGCUGUGCGUCAACUGACAAACACCACUGCAUUGUACUGCCAGGCCAGUGUGCCGUUUGGCUACACCGUCACCUCCACGCAGUGGGAUCGCACCAACUUUGCACCCAUGCCCGUUGGCCGCAGCCAGCAAUACACGGGCAACACCUACUUGGUCAUCAUGGACCACAAGCAGCCCGACAGUGGCACGUACCGCUGCACGGUGGAGGCAACCAACCAGCUAGGACAGACCUUGCGUGGGUCGGCAUCGUCCACCAUUACCGUCACAAAUAUCCGCAUCCGCAUAACGCCGGAAGCUGAGCAAAAGCAAGUUGGUGAGUCUAUCCAGUUCCAGUGUAUAGUGGAGGGCAUAUCUGAGACACCAACGUGGCGGCGCCGUAACUCUUCCAGGCAGUUUCCAUCGGGCCGCUUCCUGUCGCUGCAGAACCUGCAGUCUUCAGACAGUGAUCAGUACUACUGCCAGGUGUCAUCGGGCCUAAGAGCCACGGCAACACUCACUGUGGUCCUGUCAGAGAAUGAAGGCAUGUGCAUUGCAAACGAUGGACGCAGCAUGGACUUUGGCGAGUACCGCUACGUCAAUGGCACCGAGACAGUCCGCGAGGCCAGAAUCAGCCCAGCUGCGGACUUCAUCUUCCUGGUGGACGAGUCUGGGUCCAUGGUAGAGGAGCAUGCUUGGCUGGAAAGAAUCAGUGCUGGAUUGGACCAGGCCCUACAGGCCGAAGGAAUUGGAACAAGCAUUCCCAACCAGUUCUGCUUGAUUGGAUUUGCACACCCGCCUUCUGAGACCGGACGAUCUCUUCCCAUGCCUAAUGGCGAGGUGAUGGGAAACGCUAUGCAGUUUGACGAGGCCAGAAAGGCACUGGCCAUAGACGGUCGACGUGAGGACAUGUACGCUGCCAUGAACCUUGGUUUUGAGCAGUGUCAGCUGCGGCCUGGCAUGGCAUGUCAAGUCAUUGGUGUAACCGACGAAGGCCGUAACACUCUGGUCAACGACAACUUUCAGUCAAUGCUCGCCAAGCUGCAAAGCCGCCAAUGCGUGCUCAAUGUGGGUGUCAAUGAGCAAAUGCAAGCCGAGACUGAAUCUGGCUCCAUCACAGCACUCGGUGUUAGCAGUAACAAUGAUAGCGCUAUUGAAACACCCGGUGGAAAUUUCGAACUCAUCCGUGGCAAAGGCAGGGCCAGAGCAAUCAGCGGCCAUGGAAACACUGAUGAGAUGUAUGUACAGCUUGCGUUCGCCACUGGCGGUGCCGCAUGGGACCUGAAUGAACUGCGCAAAGGCGGCAACACUGCGCUGGCAUUCACCAGGGCCUUCAUUGACUUGAAGGUGCGGGAGAUCAGCAAACAAGUCUGCCAGCUCUGCGAGUGCACAGGUGGUCCACUGCCUGUGUGUGAUGCAGGAUGCUUGGGUGAACCUCCGGGUGUAGCUGUCAGCGGUCCAACUUCAGUUCCUUAUGGUCAGGAUGUUGAACUUGUCUGCAUACCAACAGCUGGUCGACCUCUCCCGGACCUAGAGUACAAGCCUGGUGUUAAUGAAGUCGGACUACCCCCUAACUCAGUUUCAACGCCGCAAGGAGAUAGCCUGCUCUUGCAGGUCACGAAUCUCAGGGAGAAGUUCUGCAUCGACUGCGUCGGAACAAACUUGGAGGGAGAGAUCUCUGAAAAUCACUGUGUGGAUGUCAUUCCGAUCCCACCAGAGGUGGAUCUGAGAGGUGACAACAAUGGGCCAGUCACCCAUGGAGACCCACUGACUCUCAGGUGUAUACCAGUGAGCGGACAGCCAGCUCCCUCGUUGCAGCUUGUGCCAUCUAGAGGAUACCGACUACCUGCAAAUGCAGUGACCAGACAGGAGGGUAACACUCUUGUUUUGGACAUUCCAAGUCUGACGGAAGACAUUUGCUUUGACUGCAUUGGAACGAGCUCUGCAGGACGUGACGUAGAUUCAGAGUGCGUCACCGUCCGAGGUGUUCCACCGGAGGUUGACUUGACUGGCACCAAUAAUGGCCGUCCUGUCACAUAUGACACUGAUGUUAUCCUGCAGUGCGUGGCAACGGCAGGAAUUCCGCAACCUGAUCUGGAGGUUAGACCAUCAACUGGCUUCCAGCUUCCUUCAGGUACCACGACAACUAGGCGUGGCAACAUGGUCGAAGUGACCCUGAACAAUUUGCGGGAGGAUGUCUGCUUUGACUGCAUCGGGCUCAACUCUGUUGGUCGUGAUGUGGAUGUGUUGUGUCUGGAUGUUCUAGGCGAACCACCAGCUGUUGACUUGACCGGAUCCAAUAAUGGUCAGCCAGUGAAUGAAGGCUCUCCUGUCAGCCUGACCUGCAUUCCUACUGCUGGAGCACCAAGCCCACGCCUGGAGGUAUUGCCCGCACCGGGAUAUGCUCUACCGCCCGGAACUCGCAGCAGGUUAAGCGGUGAACGGCUCAUCAUUGAUGUGCCCAGCAUCGACCGGUACACAUGCUUUGACUGCAUCGGCACCAACAGUGCCGGAUCUGGCAGCGACCGAGAGUGCAUCUCUGUGCUUGCAACGUGCCCACAUCCAAGUGGUGUGGACAGUGUCUACCAUGGCGGUACCGUGCGCAACUACACACAACGUCCCGGAUCAGAGGAGGUCAUCACACCCGGAUCAGCAGUCGUGGCAUUCGUCAUUGACGAGUCUGGAUCCAUGCGUCAAGAACACAGAUGGUUGGAGCAGCUGCCGGAGACGAUGGAGAGGAAUCUGCGCGCCAACAACAUUGGGACCAGGAGGCCAAACCAGUACGGUUUGAUUGGCUUUGGUCAUGCGGAGCGUAACGACCCGGCACGUGAACGCGGUGUAGUGCUACAGGAUUGUGGUACGGCAGGACAGGUGCAGAACGCAGUCAGAACACGGCUGUAUCAAGAUGGUCGACUUGAGGAUGGUUACUCUGCCGUGGGGGUUGCACUCAGUGACUUGUCAUGCAUCUCUAACCUGCCCACACGCCGACGACAAGGUGAGAGGGUCGCCUGUCAAGUCAUCUUGGUCACUGAUGAAGGAAGAGACACGCUAACACAGUGGCGAUAUGACUCACUCCGAAGAGAGCUGGGACUGUAUGACUGUGCACUCAAUGUUGCCGUGUGGGAGCGUUUCCAGGGACGCAAAGAUUCCAACGAAGCAUACCGCCCUGCUCUUGGUGUGGCUCACAAUAACCAAGCAGUUCUUGCGCUGCCUGGUGACCGCUACGAGAUUGUUCCUGAUGGUGAAGCGAUCGCCAUCACCGGAGCAGAAAAUACUCACGAGUCAUAUGUCAAGUUGGCCUUUGAAACAAGUGGCGCCGCCUGGGACUUGGAGUUCCUGCGUUCCGAUCUCUACCGUAACUCCUUCACAGAUGGGUUCAUCAAGGUGAAGGUUCAGGAGAUCAUCAGAGCUAUUAUCGGAGAGUGCUUCAACUGUGUCUGUGAUAAUGGCACUUGGCAAUGUUCAGAAGUUGGAGGAGUAGUGGGUGAAUUCACCUGCUUAAAUGGAAGAACGAGUGGCGGACAGGAGCCCGCACUGACACUGCCGUGCUGUGUGAACUCAAGACUCGUCACUGAGGGGCCCAUUGCAUGGUCGAAACUUGGCCAUCCGGACUUUGAGCGCAGUGGCUUGGCGUUAGCGUUGGGACCCGAGGACACCGGUAUAUACGUUUGCAGAAGUCCACUUGGAAAUGGCCUAUCGGUGGUCAAGUCUGAAGGAGGGCAACUGAAGGCACAAACGCCAAGCGGCCAAGAUCAAGUCUGCACUCUGUAAUCCUUGCUGGACCAUGCCCUCUAGCGCUCUCUCACACACACUUCUGAUUAGCGCUAUUGGAAUUCUCACACUGCAAUUCACACGCCCUAUCAAUCGCUUUAGUCAGGAUCACCAUUACUUCAAGCCCGGUGAGUUAUUGCCACUGGCUUUUUAGGACAGGUUUCAGUAAGUACACUUCUGUCUGUCUCUCGUUUUCUCUAUCUUUCACUCCCACCAUAUCCUGUGUCGAUUCUCACAUGGUGGGUGGAAAUUUCUUACUGUUUCAUUGUCAGCACACAUGAGUCUACAAUGUACAAGCACGAGGCAUCCCGAUGACCUUUCAAGUCCUUACUUUCUGAGCGGCUCACCAGUCGGUGUAUGCUUCAGUACAUAAAUAGUGCAUGAUCAUUGAAUCGUUUUUGGCCAGUCACAGUAACAACACCCAUGGUGAAUGACAUUGUUUUUUCCUUCUCUGCUUUUGCUUUGCACCAGACUAACACUAGUAACAGUAACACCGCUUGCUGUUGUCACAGUACUGUUUUUCAGUUGUACCAAGACAUUUAUGCAUAACAUAUGCCAAUGGUCCUGCAGCAUAUAGACAUAGAUAAUAUUGUAGGCCAACAAGGAAAUCACGGUGAAGAUAUGA